UAGAACGGGGGCGCAGCUGCAUGUUGGCGGGCCGGGCUGCCCGGGGGAGCCGCCAGCCGCCAGGUUUGUUGGGAAGAAAGUGUGCUGAAAAGGACCCCACAACCACCUUCAGCAGAGCCAACGGAGUGGAGCCUUUUUAAUGAUGAAGCCCUGGAUGCUGUUGCUGCUGUUGACCUGCAUUAGCUGCACAUGGCCCACACAAGCAGAGUUUUUCACCUCUAUAGGUCAAAUGACUGACCUGGUUUAUUCAGAGAGAGACUUGGUGCGAUCUCUGAAGGAAUAUAUUAGAGAGGAAGAGUCCAAGCUCUCUAAGAUUAAAAGCUGGGCUGAAAAAAUGGAGGCAGUGACUAGCAAAUCAACAUCAGAUCCAGAAGGGUAUCUGGCACAUCCAGUAAAUGCAUAUAAGCUGGUGAAGCGCUUAAAUACAGAGUGGCUAGAAUUGGAGAAUCUAGUUCUUCAGGACACUACAAAUGGCUUUAUUGCAAACCUCACAAUACAACGCCAGUUCUUUCCAACUGAGGAAGAUGAGACAGGAGCUGCUAAGGCUCUAAUGCGUCUACAGGACACAUAUAAGCUGGAUCCUGAGACCAUUUCUAAGGGAGUACUACCAGGAACAAAGUACAGGUCGUCUUUGACAGUGGAUGACUGCUUUGGCAUGGGAAAAACAGCUUACAAUGAUGGAGACUACUAUCACACAGUGCUGUGGAUGCAGCAGGCUUUAAAACAGCAUGAAGAAGGAGAGGAAUCCUCCAUCACAAAAGCAGAGAUCCUGGACUAUCUCAGCUAUGCCGUCUUUCAGCUCGGCGACUUGCACAGGGCCAUGGAACUCACCAGACGUCUCAUUUCUCUUGAUUCCACUCAUGAGAGGGCCGGAAGCAACCUGCGAUAUUUUGAGAAGUUGCUGGCGAAGGAAAGGAUGGAGACGUUAUUGAACAAGACGUCCACUAGAACAGAACCGGUGAUGCAAGGAGGGGUCUAUGAGAGGCCUUCUGACUACCUGCCUGAGCGUGAGAUCUAUGAAGGUCUGUGCAGAGGUGAAGGAGUGAAAAUGACACCUCGGAGACAGAAGAGGCUGUUCUGCAGGUACCACGAUGGAAACAGGAAUCCCCAUCUGCUCAUAGCUCCCUUCAAGGAAGAAGAUGAAUGGGACAGCCCUCACAUAGUUCGAUACUAUGAUGUCAUGUCAGAUGAAGAAAUAGAGAAAAUCAAAGAAUUGGCUAAACCAAAGUUGGCACGAGCUACAGUGCGUGACCCCAAAACAGGCGUCCUAACAGUGGCCAGCUACAGGGUGUCUAAAAGCUCGUGGUUGGAGGAGUAUGAUGAUCCCAUCAUUGCUAAAGUGAAUCGCCGAAUGCAGCAUAUCACAGGGCUGACGGUGAAAACAGCUGAACUAUUGCAGGUUGCUAAUUACGGUUUGGGAGGACAGUACGAACCACACUUUGACUUCUCAAGGAAAGAUGAGCCUGAUGCUUUCAAGCGUUUAGGGACUGGAAAUCGCGUGGCCACUUUUUUAAACUAUAUGAGCGAUGUAGAAGCUGGAGGUGCCACAGUUUUCCCAGAUUUUGGGGCUGCAAUUUGGCCCCGGAAGGGUACAGCAGUGUUCUGGUAUAAUCUUUUCAGAAGUGGCGAGGGUGAUUAUAGAACAAGGCAUGCAGCUUGUCCAGUACUAGUUGGGUGUAAAUGGGUUUCAAACAAGUGGUUCCAUGAAAGAGGGAAUGAAUUUUUAAGACCUUGUGGCAGAACAGAAGUCGACUGAAAACCACCUGGCUAUGCAUUUUUCUGUUUGUCUGUCUUCUCUUCUCUCGUUUGUUCUUCCAGUUCAUUUCUAAGAAAUGAUCCAUCUUCUAUUAUCAAUGAACCCUGGCACUUUUUAAAAAAGAAAAAUGUCUAACAUCUUUAAGCGAAAGAAGCAACAGGCCUUGUCUACUUGCAGAGUUUGCUGACUGGUAUUCUCCCCCAUCCCUGUCUUCCCUUGAUUCCCAUCCUGACCUUUUUUUCCCCAUGCUCCCAAUUUCUUUCCUCUGUAACAGCAGUACAAACAAUGCUCUUUGGUGACUGAAUGCAUUUGAAUUCCUGGUCUUGUGCCUUUCGUACCUCAGAUGAUUUGGAUGUUAAAUAUUUCAUCGAACCAAAGUUUUAAAAAAAUGGUUUUUUUGUGUGUACAUGUUGAUUUUAUUGUAUUUCUAUGGAUUGCAAGUUUUACCACAAAAAUAAAUGGCCUUUCAAAAGAAGUAGU